CGUUCUUGUUCCUCUACAUUUCCUUCGUCUUCACUGGUCGUAUACCGCUGGCGUUUACCGAGGACAGGGGAAAUGGAGAGUCCUUGUUGUUCCAUAGUGGACGACGACGCCUAUCCCUGCUGCUGCUGCUCCAACAGACCCGGGAUCUGUUUGGGCACACCAAUAAUUUUCUUCUGUGUGUGGGUGACAAUGGAGGAGCAAAUGAAGAUGCCUGCUGGUCUUGUCGCGCACGAUAUGCUAUGGUUCUGACGGCUUUAAU